UAUGAUUAUUUUUUUAAAGAUUUUUUAUUUAUAGUUAAAUCUUUAAACAAAUACAUAUAAACAAGAAGUCGUGAUGGGAAGUUCGGCUCUUUUUAGAGAACCGACUCUUUGGGCUCAGUUUCUAAAACGAGACGGCUUUUUUGGCUACCGGACGGUUCAGAUUUUUUUGUUGCUCAAGUUAGUUUCUUAUCGAACUGCUCGUAAAAUGAUUUCCUAAUGUAAAAUCUAAUUAUAUCAUUUUUUUUUAUUGUUUAUGUGGCUUUAAGUUCUGUGCUGAACACGCAACAAAACUGCACUAAUAAAAACACUAAAACCAAUCUCUUUUGGACUCAACAAAUCAUUUCGUUCGCGAACGACCCAUCACUAGCACGAAGUCCUAGCUGUCUGCGUCCAACCCAAGAUUGAGGCAACACUGCCAUCUAGAGGACGUUAGCUGUAAUUACAUCAGCUUCUUUAGCCUAGCUUAAAAGCCAUGAAAGUACGAGGUUCAAGAGAAAAAACAUCGUCGUCUGAAAAGUGAUGAUUUAAGAGUAAACACAAUUUUAGUUUAAAAGUGAUGAAAGUAUGAUAGAUUGAAGAGCAAAUAGACAUUUAAGAACAAAUACUGUAUUAUCUUAAGUGAUGACGUAUGAUGAUGAUUGAUUUAAGAGGAAAACAAAACAACGUAGUUUAAAAGCUAUCAAAGUACACUGAAGCGCAAAUAAACAACAUUGGCAAAAUCGGCGUAUAAUAUUUCAAAGCAAAUAAACUUAUCUCAACACAUUUCCAUGAAGUUUUCAAUUGGCAAAGUUUGCAAAUUGCUCAACCUGCCAAUCAAACGACGCGUGACUGACGUAGAUCCCUGUACACGUGACUUGCCCCGUUCGGAAGAGGGCCGCUCCACGUCCACGCACACAGCAUCGUGCACAUCGCCAUGCACCGCAGCAUGGUCUGUCCGCUGUGCACCUACGACACCACCAAGCUGGUCCGGAUCCACAGCGUCCGGCUGGGCUCGCUCAAGUGGACCCUGAACGCAACCAUCCUGCUCUUCAUCUGCAUGGUGAUGUUGUGGAACAGGAAGUACCAACACUUUGAUUUGGUGGUCAGCUCAGUCACAGCCAAGGUGAAGGGCGUGGCCCACAUGCACCUGCCCGGCCAGGGGGACGUGAUCUGGGAUGUGGCCGACUACAGCGGACCCUCACAGGACAAAAACUCUUUCUUUGUGGUCACCAACGUCAUUGUGACCAAGAAGCAGAAGCAAGGACGCUGCCCUGAGCCUCCUGUCAGUGGCCGUCUGUGUCGACAUGACGACGACUGCGAGAGAGGCUCCUGGGACCAGCACAGCAACGGGAUCCAGACGGGCUCGUGUGUGAUGUUCGACAUGUUGACGAGAACAUGCGAGGUGAACGCGUGGUGCCCCAUUGAGACCAAGACCAGUCCUCCAAGGCCUGCUCUGCUGGCGUCGGCUGAGAACUUCACAGUCCUCAUCAAGAACAACAUCCGCUUUCCUGCUUUCAACGUCAGCAGGAGGAACAUCCUUCCUGAGAUGAACGACUCCUACCUGAGGAUCUGCCAGCGCGCAAACGACUCGCUGUGUCCUAUCUUCAGAUUGGGGGACGUCGUGAGGGAGGCCGGGGAGAACUUCUCCCACAUGGCGAUGGAGGGGGGCGUCAUAGGCAUCCAGAUCAAAUGGGACUGCAACCUGGACUACCUGACGCGACACUGCCUGCCCAAGUACUCCUUCUGGAGGCUGGACGAGAAGGAGAGCAACAAGACCCUCUACCCUGGCUUCAACUUCAGGUUUGCAAAGCACAACGAGGUCAACGGCGUGGAGGAGAGAACGCUCUACAAAGCUUUUGGCAUCAGGUUUGACAUCAUGGUCUUCGGACAGGCAGGAAAGUUCAGCAUCAUUCAGCUGGUUGUCUACAUCGGCUCCACGCUGUCCUACUACGCUCUGACGACGGUGCUGAUGGACUGGCUGAUCGGAACCAGCUGCUACUCUUCAGACGUGCGUCAGGGCUACUCUGAGAAGAAGGUGGAGUCCGUGGUGGACAAACAGAAGAACAUCCUGUGUGUGUCGUACGUGGACGAAGAUGAUAUCCGUCUGGUGAAAAUGUGCCACAAGAGACGCUUACAGGACGCCAAGACCGUUGGUGUGGAGCCAAGGAAGGAGGAUGCAGGACACGUGAGAGCCGCGGUCCUCAGUCUUCUUCAGCCAGAAGCUGAUCAAGGUGGCGACCCUCGGCCUACCAUCGUCCCUAAACCUGACCCCCGCCGGCCAUCUUGGUGUCAAUGUGAGCGCUGCACCGCCUCCGCCCUCCCCCAGGAGGAGCUGUGCUGCAGGCAGAGCAAGGGCGCCUGCCUCUCGUCCUCUCCGCUCUUUGACAGGCUGGUGUUGCAUCGCCCCCUUCUGGAGGCGCUGCUUCUCUACAGGGACCCUUUGCCUCCACUGCCUGCUGGCCGGGGUCAGACCACCGCCGCCGCCUUGCGACAUUGCGCUUACCAACAAUAUGUCACGUGGAGGUUUGGCGUCCCGCCUGCCGACUCCUGCCCCGCCAUCCCGCGCUGCUGCGUGACCAGGAUCAGGGAGGAGUUCCCCAGCCUGGACGGACACUAUAGCAGCUUUGUGCACGCUAACUCCGUGCUAAUGACAACACAAUCGGACUGAUGAACGCAAUGAAGGCCAUUUGACCACUUUUGUUUCAACACAACUUUAUUGUAUUCCGCCAGGACAGAUCUGAAAGUAGUGGCUUGGCUCUUUUGUAUCUGGAACACAUUCAAAUGUUUAUAAAAUUAAUAAAUCAGUGCUAUU